GAUGUUGCAUCAAGAUUAGGCGAGAGUUUUGGAAUUAAUGUCGGGAUACUCAAAGGUGGAAGGACUAAGAGAAAGAUGCUUUACCCAAGAAUGCGCCAGGAACACCUGCUUGUGGCAACAAUUGGUGCUUUAUCAAAACUCACUACUGUUGGUGUAUAUGAUAUGUCUCUUGUGAAACACAUCACCCUUGAUGAAGCAGAUUCACUACUGGACGACUCCUUCAAUGAUCAAGUGACACGCUAUAUCUCCAAGUUUCCAGUCCAAGGAUCAAGGAGUGAAGAGGACCAGCAGCCUUUACUUAUGUCUGGUGUACAGCUAACAAUGGUGGCAGCAACAUUACCACGGAGCCUAGACACUAUUCUGGAUCCUUUUGUGGAUGUUGAGUCUGUGGUGAAAAUUUCAACACCGUAUCUUAAUCGCAUCAUGCCACAUGUACCUCAGCGAUUCGUACGUGUUAACCACAGAACAAAGACAGAGAAACUGCUGGAACUGGUAAAGAAAGAUGCAAAAAGAAAAAUACCAAUUGUGAUAUUUAGCAACUUCAGCAAAACAUGUGACUGGGUAUCUAUAUUUCUCAAUGACAAUGGUGUAUCUUGUGUCAAUCUUACUGGUGAAAUGCCAGCUGUAGUUAGAGAAGGCCGAUUUAAUACCUUCCAGUCUGGUGAAGUGUUAGCCCUUUCCUGCACUGAUUUAACAUCACGUGGGUUAGACACUGUGAAGGCUGGCCAUGUGAUCAAUUAUGAGUUUCCCAAAUUCAUUGCUGAUUACAUCCAUCGAUGCGGACGAACAGGACGAGUUGGUAGCCCAUUAACGGGUCUAGUGACAAAUAUGGUUCACCGUCCCUAUGAAGUUCAACUGGUCCAGAAGAUUGAGUAUGCAGCAAGGAAAGUUGAAGAGUUCCCCAACGUCAAUGCAAACAUCACUAGAAUAAUAGCUGCACAUGCCUUAAAAGAAAAUGAAAGACUUAUAAAUAAAGCAAAUAAUGUAGAUUGAAAAUAAAAAUUUCUCAAUAGGGGAAUGCAGCAGUGGUAAAUAAAGAUAUACCGGGUAGUAAAUACCUGUACAGUAUAAAAAGAAAAUAUGUAGAUGGAAUUGCUGAAAGUGACACUUUCAAGCAGAGAUGUUAAACAAAAUAUGAACUACUGUAUUGCAUAUAAAAAAUAAAAUAUGAUUUUCUA